AUGGCAUUUAUUUCUCAGAAUUCAGGAAUUGCAGCUUCCGUAUUCCUUUCAUUAUACGUGAUAUAUACUGCAUUUGCUAUCAAAGUAGUUUAUGAAAAAGGUUGGAAAUCAAUCUAUACUUCAUUACUCAUCUAUGGGAUACUUAGAACUGCCGGUCAAUUAUGUGGAGUAGCAUUUGCUGCCUUAGGUUAUUCCCAUUAUCAAUGGUUGAUUGCCUACCUCGUGUUUAGUGCCGAAGGAUACUUUGUAUUAAUCUUAACUUCAUUCCAUUUGAUCGCACAGGCACAGAUUGCUGUAUAUGGAGAUUCAUGGAUUAGACCCACUAGACAAAAACGAAAGGAAAAUAUUAGAAAUGCAACUACUUUAAGAGAGAAGGUUCGGGCUAGGUAUCCUCCUGCUUUGGUGUUUCAUUUAUUAUUGAUUCCGGCUAAUUCAUUGAUUAUUGUAGGUGGAUCGAUUUUGGCAGGACAAGAUCCUCUUAAUCCGGAUCAGAAGAAGGUGACAUUGUCAAAGGCAUUGAGAACUAGUGGACAGGUUGUGUUUUUAACCCAAACUUUCAUUGCUAUUGGAUUGGCUGUUUAUGUUUUUGUCAAAGAGAGACUAAGACAUAGUAAUAUUUAUAGUAUAUUUAUGGUAUCCCCGUUUAUUUUGGUGAGAGGUAUUUUUGGGGUUUUAUCAAUCUAUAUCCAAAAAAUGAAUUAUUUCGAUAUGUCAAAUUAUACAGCUACAGGAUUAAGUGAAUCAUUUGUGGCAUUUGAAUAUGUUUUGGCUACUACUAUGGAAUUUAUAUCUGCUUGCAUUUAUAUUGGAAAUUACUACUUUGAUUCAAGAUAUACUGCGAAAGUAACAAAUGCGGAAGAAGGAGAAGGAUUAUAUGAGAAGGAUACUGACAGUAAUCAGAAAAUCCAUUAA